AUGUCGACCGCUGUGGCAGGCGCUACGGAUGCGGAGGAUGUGGUGAUGACGGGGCUGUCAGGGCGGCUGCCGGAGUCAGACACCAUCGAGGAGUUCGCGCAGCGACUGUUCGACGGGGUGGACCUCGUGACCGCCGACGACCGACGCUGGACACCAGGUCUUCAUGGACUGCCCGAACGUAAUGGGAAGCUUAAAGAUUUAUCACAUUUCGACGCCACAUUCUUCGGCGUGCAUGCGAAACAAGCACAUCUGAUGGACCCUCAGCUGCGGCUGCUGCUCGAGGUGACGCACGAAGCGAUCGUGGACGCGGGCAUCAACCCUGCCGAGCUUCGCGGCUCCCGCACCGGCGUCUACGUCGGCGUCUCUAAUUCGGAAACCGACGAAAUGUGGACCAGCGACCCCGACAAGAUCAACGGCUACGCCCUCACCGGCUGCUGUCGCGCUAUGUUCCCCAACCGCAUAUCGUACACGUUCGACCUGAAGGGUCCGUCGUACGCGAUCGACACCGCCUGCUCCAGCUCUAUGUUCGCCCUGGCGCAGGCCGUGGCCGCCAUCAAAGCGGGACACUGCGACGCGGCCGUCGUCGCCGGCGCCAACCUCUGCCUGAAGCCCGGCAACUCGCUCAACUUCCACCGACUGAGCAUGCUGUCGCCGGAGGGCCGGUGCGCCGCGUUCGACGCGGAGGGCCGCGGGUACGUGCGCUCGGAGGCCACCGUGGUGGUGCUGCUGCAGAAGCGCGGCCACGCGCGGCGCGUGUACGCCACGGUGCGCGGCGCGCGCACGAACACCGACGGCCACAAGGAGCAGGGCAUCACCUACCCCGCCGGAGAGAUGCAGCGGCAGCUCGCCGCCGAGACGUUCCGAGAGGCGGGACUGAGACCACAGGAUGUUGUUUACGUCGAGGCACAUGGGACAGGCACUAAGGUGGGCGAUCCGCAGGAAGUGAACGCGAUCGCUGAAUUGUUUUGCAAAGACAGGAAGACUCCAUUGUUGCUGGGGUCGGUGAAGUCUAACAUGGGACACUCGGAGCCCGCGUCGGGCUUGUGCUCGAUCACGAAAGUACUGAUCGCAAUGGAAAAGGGCGUCAUUCCUGGCAAUCUACACUUCAAAUCUCCCAAUCCCGAGAUACCAGCACUUAACGAUGGCCGAAUAAAGGUGGUGGACUGCAAUACUCCCUGGGAGGGCGGGCUGGUGGCGGUCAAUUCGUUCGGUUUCGGCGGAGCGAACGCGCAUGUGAUCUUGGAGUCAGAACGUGGGAGAGACGAGAGUUGGAGUGAAUGCGCGCCAUACUCGUUGCCGCGCCUGGUGCUCGUGUCGGGCCGCACUGAAGAUGCCGUGCGCACACUGAUCGAGCACGCAGCUGAACACGCUACUGAUGCUGAGUUACAUGCGCUUCUCGACGCAGUGCAUGAGCGGAACAUACCCGGACACCCGUACCGGGGGUAUGCUGUGCUCACCGAGCCCCUGAUCCAAGAUAUUUGUGAGUUGGACAGCACUGAGCCGUAUCCAAUUUGCUUCGUGUUCUCUGGCAUGGGCUCGCAGUGGGCAGGUUCGGCCCGCACUCUGAUACAACUACCGACAUUUGCUGACUCCGUAGCUCGGAUGGCGGCUGUACUGCAGGCCUACAACGUCGAUUUGCUGUACAUCCUGACGGAGGCACCUGAAACUGCUUUUGAUAACAUCAUCAACUCCUUCGUGUCAAUAACAUCUGUACAAGUAGCACUGGUAGAUGUAUUGCGCACAGUCGGCAUCAAACCAGAUUUCAUGAUUGGACACUCUGUUGGUGAACUAGGGUGUGCGUACGCGGACGAGACGCUGACGGCGGAGCAGGCGGUGCUGGCGGCGUACUGGCGCGGGCGCAGCAUCGCGGACGCCGCGCUGCCGCCGGGCGCGAUGGCCGCCGUCGGCCUCACGUGGCAGCAGUGCGUCGAGCGCUGUCCGCCCGACGUCGUGCCGGCCUGCCACAACGCCGCGGACAGUGUCACCGUGUCAGGUCCGGUGCCGUCAAUAGACAAGUUUGUAGCUCAACUAACAUCAGAGGGUAUAUUCGCGCGGCGUGUAAAUAGCAGCGGCGUCGCAUUUCAUAGCAAAUACAUCGCAGCAGCUGCGCCGGUACUGUUCCAGCGUCUCGAAGCUACUAUACCCAAUCCACAGCCACGAUCUGCGCGAUGGAUCUCAAGUUCUCUGUCUAAAGACAAGUGGAGUUCUGAUAUUGGGAAACUGAGCGGCGCGGUAUAUCACACCAACAACUUGGUGUCGCCGGUGCUGUUCGCGGAGGCGCUGGCGGCGGUGCCGGCGCGCGCGCUGGUGGUGGAGGUGGCGCCGCACGCGCUGCUGCAGGCGGUGCUGAAGCGCGCGCUGCCCGCGGCCGCCGCGCACGUGCCGCUCGUGCGCCGCGACCACCCCGAGCCCUGCGCGCACCUGCUGGCCGCCCUCGGCAGGGUGUACGCGGCGGGCGCGCAGCCGGCGGCGGGGCGGCUGUACCCCGCGGUGGCGUGGCCCGUGUCGCGCGGCACGCCGGGGCUGGCCUCGCGUGUCCGCUGGGACCACUCCGUCGAGUGGAGCGUCGCGGACUUCGGCGCCGCCGCCCGCGCCGGGGAGAACGUCGUCGAGGUGGACCUCUCGCGCGCCCGACACGCCUACGUCGCCGGACACCAAAUCGACGGACGAGUCCUCUUCCCUGCCACCGGAUACAUUGAUCUUGUAUGGCGAACUAUGGCCAAACUUCACAACAAGAACUUUGAAAAUACAGCGAUUCUCUUGGAGGAUUUACAGUUUAGGCAGGCGACCAUCAUGUCUCGUGACACAGCCGUUCGAUUUUUAGUAACAAUAUUAAGUGGCACUGGAGAGUUUGACAUCUGCGAGGGUGCUAGUGUUGCUGUCACAGGUAAAGUGAGACUUGCUGAGGAUCCGGCUGCGGAACGUCUUAAAAUGCCACCACUAGUAAUUUCUGAUGGACCCGAUCUAUUACCCCUUACUAGUGAAGAUAUUUAUAAAGAAUUUAGAAUCCGAGGAUACAACUAUAGUGGACUAUUUAACGGAAUACGCUGCUCGGACCCGAGGGGAACGAAAGGAGAUCUUGAUUGGAAUGGCAAUUGGGUCACUUUAAUGGACACAAUGUUGCAAUUUGGGCUCAUUGGAAAAAAAACACGCGAAUUACACGUUCCAACAUUGAUUGAACGCGUACUUAUUGAUCCGGUAGCACAUUUGGCAGUUGGCAACGGAGUAGAUAAGUUACCAGUCCGCAGAGACGAAGAUAUUGAUAUUGUUAUAUGUGGUGGUUUAGAAUUCCGAGGAAUAAAAAUGAGUCUCGCACCCCGUCGUAUAAAUAUACAAACACCACCAAAACUAGAAAAAUAUGUAUUUGUGCCAUAUGAUAAUACAAAUAUUAAUGACUGCCUGUACUCGAGACGGGACGCUCUUACUACCAGCACUCAAAUAGUGCUGGAAAAUGUAGGUACCUUGCGUUUAAAAAUUACGGAAGCGGCUCUAGAUAAACCUAUAGAAGCACUAUUAACACCGCAUAUUUUGAAAAUAUUGGACAGUGAACCACAAGUGCGUGUAGAGUGUAGUCUGGCCGCUGCUACAAACGUAACAUUCUACUCAGCGGCUCUUCAACAUCAUGACAUAAAGAUAACAUCAAAGGAUGUGAACAAGACCGCCCCAGACAGCGAGUGCCAUCUGGUGGUGGCGGGCGGCGUGGCGUCGUCGUCUGACAGUGCGGAGGUGCUGGGCCGGCUGGCGGAGGCGCUGGCCGACGGCGGCAUGGUGCUGGUGGAGGAGGCGCACGGCGCGCUGGGGGCGGCGGCGGCGGAGCGGGCCGGCCUCGAGGUGGUGUCGCGGCAGGCGACCGCCGACUGCGAGUACCUGGUGCUGCGGCGGCGCGUCCCGCCGCCGGCCGAGCACGUGGUGGUGGAGGUGGAGGACGAGCGCUCGUACGGCUGGGUGGAGCCGCUGCGCGCGGCGCUGAAGCGCGCCGAGAGCGCGGCCGCGGAGCUGCGCGUGUACGCGGUGUCGCGCGCGGCCGGCGGCGGCGUGCUGGGGCUGGGCACGUGCCUGCGCGCCGAGCCGGGCGGCCGCGCGCUGCGCGUCUUCUAUCUGCCCGACUGCCGCGAGCCCUUCCAGCCCGCCGCGCCCCACUUCGCGGACCAGCUGCGCAAGGACCUGGCCGUCAACGUGCUGCGCGCCGGCGUCUGGGGCUCCUACAGGCACCUUCUGCUCGACGACACUGUAAAGGCGCAGCUCCAGGUGGAACACGCGUACGUGAACACUCUAAGUCGCGGUGACCUGUCGUCGUUGCGGUGGAUCGAGAGUCCGUUGCGUUUAGCGAGCCAGAAACAGUGGCCCGCAGGCACAGACCUGUGUCAAGUAUACUACGCACCACUUAACUUCCGCGACAUAAUGUUGGCUACUGGAAAGCUACCACCUGACGCGUUACCAGGAAACCUCGCUGGGCAGGAGUGUAUCCUGGGGCUGGAGUUCAGCGGGCGGUCGUCGCGGGGCGCGCGCGUGAUGGGCAUGGUGGCGGCGCGCGGGCUGGCGACCAGCGUGGUGGCCGACUCGGGGUUCCUGUGGGAGGUGCCCGCGGCGUGGUCGCUCGAGCAGGCGGCGACGGUGCCGGUGGCGUACGCGACGGCGUACUACGCGCUGGCGGUGCGCGGGCGCAUGCGGCGCGGGGAGGCGGUGCUGGUGCACGCGGGCACCGGCGGCGUGGGGCAGGCCGCCAUCGCGAUCGCGCUGCACGCCGGCUGCACCGUGUUCGCGACGGUGGGCACGCCCGACAAGCGCGCCUUCCUGCGCGAGCGCUUCCCGCAGCUGCGGGACGACCACGUCGGCAGCUCGCGCGACACCUCCUUCGAGCAGCUGGUGCUGCGUCAGACGCGCGGCCGGGGGGUCGACCUCGUGCUCAACUCGCUCGCCGCCGACAAGCUACAGGCCUCCGUGCGCUGCCUGGCCGAGGGCGGCCGAUUCUUAGAGAUCGGCAAGCUAGACCUUGCCAACAAUACGUCUCUCGGCCUAAAAGUAUUCUUAAAGAACACAACAUUCCACGGUAUCCUGCUGGACGCGCUGUUCGAGGCGUCGGCCGAGGACGCGGAGAAGGCGGCGGUGGUGCGCUGCAUGACGGAGGGCAUCGCCAGCGGCGCCGUCCGCCCGCUGCCCGCCACCGUCUACCACGACCACCAGCUCGAGCAGGCAUUCCGAUACAUGGCGACCGGCAAACACAUCGGUAAAGUGCUGUUAUGCGUGCGCGAGGAUGACGGUGCGACGACGUCACCCAGCGGGAAAUUAAUAUCUGCUAUCCCGCGCACCUAUUUUCAUUCAACCAAAAGCUACAUUUUAGUUGGUGGCCUCGGAGGGUUUGGACUUGAGUUGGCGCAGUGGCUGAUUUUCCGUGGUGCCACGCGAAUCAUGUUGAACUCACGCAGCGGUGUGCGCUCCGGCUACCAGUCCAUGUGCAUCCGCAGGUGGCGCGAGGCCGGUGUGGUGGUGGCGGUGUCGCAGACAGACGCAACUAGCAGCGGCGGUGCGCGCGCGCUUCUGCGUGAGGCGGCGUCACUGGGGCCAGUCGGGGGCGUCUUUAACCUGGCCGCAGUGCUGCGCGAUGCCUUCCUCGAAAAUCUCACACCAGAAGACUUCAAAACCGUCGCGAAAGCUAAAGUCGAAGGCACUCGAGCCCUGGAUACUGCGACGCGCGAACUGACGCCGGGGUUGGAUUACUUCGUGGUGUUCUCGUCGGUGUCAUCUGGACGCGGCAAUGCUGGUCAGAGCAACUACGGCUUCGCCAAUUCCGUUAUGGAGCGAAUCUGCGAGCAGCGGCAGGCCGACGGACUGCCUGGUCUCGCUGUGCAGUGGGGCGCCAUUGGUGACGUUGGCUUAAUUAUGGAGACUAUGAGUGGCAACGAGACGGUAGUGGGUGGCACGGUACCUCAGCGGAUCGCGUCCUGCAUGGACGCCCUGAACAGUCUGCUAGCUCUACCGUAUCCGGUUGUAGCCUCUAUGGUGCUAGCCGAUAAAACACGAGGGCAAAUAGCGCCAAAACAAGACGUAGUCGACAGCAUUGCCAAUGUAUUGGGACUAAGAAAUUUAAGUAACGUAUCGAAAACGGCUAGUCUUGCGGAACUUGGUAUGGAUUCGCUAAUGGGUGCAGAGAUCAAGCAGAUUCUGGAGCGUAGUUACGAUCUCGUGCUGGGUGUGCAGGAAAUUCGUACGCUCACUUUUACCAAAUUGCGUGAACUCACCAACAGUAAGAGUGAUGAAUGCAGCACCGUCGCAACUCCCAGUGGUAAUAAGGAAUCUGGUAUAGAGCACAAGGCUGGAGAUUUGGUGGACCUAGCGACAAUGAGCGAGCUCAUGCCCCGAGAGGUCCUAGUCAAGUUGCCGAGCGCUCUGCCGACAAAGCAGCAUUCUAAACCAGUGUUUAUGUUGCACCCACUGGAGGGAGUAGCGGACUUGCUGCGGCCGUUAGCGGCAGCAGUACGUGGCGUCGUAUACGCGCUACAGUGUACGACGGAGGUGCCGCUGGGUGACAUGCAGUCGCUGGCGCGCUUCUACAUUGAGCAAAUACGAUCUGUGCAGUCAGAACCACCGUAUAUUCUUCUCGGAUAUUCGUUUGGUGCUGUCGUCGCUUUCGAAAUGGUGUUGCAAUUAGAAAAGUGUGGCUGUGACGCGCAGUUGGUGAUGGUGGACGGGUCUCCUGCAUACCUAGCUAUGCACACAACGCUCGGCAAAACCAAGAACGUUCCACGGACUAAGGCGAGAGACGAGGCGGACGCGCUCACCGUGUUCGUGCAGCAGUUCAAGGAGGUGGACGGCGCGCAGGUGUCGGCGGAGCUGGCGCGGCUGGGCGGGUGGGAGGCGCGCGUGCGGCGCGUGGCGGCGCUGCUGGCGGAGGCGGAGGCCGCGCUGGCGCCGGCGGCGGCGGCCUUCUACGGCAAGCUGGCCGUCGGCGACGCGUACCGCGCGGCCGGCCGCGUGCGCGCGCCCGUCACGCUGUUCCGCGCGCGCGACAACUACGUCGCGCUGGACGAGCACUACGGGCUGCGCGAGCUGUGCGCCGGCCCGCUCGCCGCGCGACAGCUGCCCGGCGACCACCGCUCCAUCCUCGCCGGCGAUGCCGCCCAGCUCAUCGCCGACCACGUGUCCGCACUGUUGGAACAGUCCGGCCACGUGGAUGGCUAG